CAAUUCAACUUAGAACUUGUCAACCCCUUUGGACCUUCCUUUUCAUUUUCCCUUCCCCCUUUCUUUAAUAAUUUCUCUUUCUCAUACGCCUGUAUAUAUAUAAGCUUAGACUCCCCCAGUUUCUCUCUACCUUAGCUUUUAGCUAGUCUCUUCUCGGUCCCUAAACCAAAGCCAUGGAUUGUUUAGUCCUGCCUGUUUCCAUAUUGAGAAAGCGCUACACUGCAGGGUCCCGGCUAGGCUACCGGCCACUAACUGAAGAUGGGUUCGGCGGUUUGGAUCGGCCGGUGAAGGUGGUUGUUGGUAAAGAGAAGAGAGAAUUCUUGGUGGAUCCAUUUGUGUUGGAAGAGAGCCCUUUCCGAGUUCUAAUAGAAACAGUAAAGAAGGGCAGUUAUGAUCAUAAUUUUGAUGAUAUGAAGAAGAGAAGGACGAUAUUUGUGGAUGUGGAUGCGAUUCUAUUUGAGCACAUGUUGUGGCUUAUGUAUAAUGAUUGUUCCUCUUUGUUUCAGCUCAAUCUCGAGGAGAUUAUUGACUUCUAUGCACAAGAUUAUUAGACAGAUAUAAUGAAUACAUACAUACAUAUAUAUACAUAUAGGGGAAUUAUUAAGGUACUAUCUGUGAAUUUUAUUCAUUUCAAGCUUGUUGAGUUUAUAUAUUCCAUAUGCAUAUGUAGUUUCCUUGAUUAUUUAAAUCAAGAUUUUAUGAUACUAACAAUUAGAGGGAUCUUUGGCAAAUGGAUGUACUGAUGUCUUAUUAUUUUGAUGAGAUUGCUUCUUCUUUC